ACAGUUUUUAGCCAAUAAGAGCUUGCAGCUUUUCUAUUAGAGCAGAGUUUACACAUACGUUUGUCGUUAGAGAAUUGAGCCCUGGCUUUCCAUCGCAUAGCGUUAACGUUGUACUGGUCUUGCAGGUCAACCAGUGUCCUUUGAUGUUUAUCCUGUGGCCGCGUGCGUGAAUAUAAUAAUCACGCCUUCCAGUUGCUGUUGUCUGAGCAGUGGAAGAACGGCCUCCUGUGGAAGAUUAUUAUUCUUCCGGUACUACGUAUUGUAAAAGAGGAAGAAAUUUUGAUCCUUUACAACUUUGCAAACGUGAAAUUAGCAUUGUGCGCAAUAUGGCGUACUUCGAUGGCUUCGAUGGUGAUACGAAUGCCGAGCAAAUGCCGCUUGUUGAUCGGAUGGACACAGAAUACGUGAUACAUGUGAAAAGUUUGCCAAGAGAGUUCAAUAAGGAUGCCAUCAGAGAUAUUUUUAGUCAGUAUGGUGAAAUCACUGCAAUGUUCUGUCUUCGUAAUGCUACGUGGGCUUAUGUUACGUAUGGAACAUAUCGUGAGGCCGAACUUGCUAUACGAGAACUCAAUAAUAAAAAACCAUUGUAUCUAAAAGUGUCAUUUGUAAAGGAGAGAUCUUCUACAAAGGAAGAGCAAAAAUCAGAUUUAUCUAAAACUCUUGAAAAACCAAAAGUAGUAAACACUGCAGAUUCGCCGCCUUAUAUUCCCAACGAUAUAAAAUAUCGGAAUAUGGCCAUGGGUCGUGGUCAAGUGAUAAAUGCACUCCGUAAACAUGUGUUGCCACAACCAGGGGCAGUACCAUACAGAUAUGUAAACUAUGGAUCAUCUUUGCCUUCAUUCUCGCAAAUACUUGGAGGUCAUGAGGUUGAGGUUGAAGAUCCUUAUGGGAGCACAAAUAAAUUAUGGACAAGGGGUGUGAUGACUGUCACGUCAGAUGGAAAAAGACACGUUUCUCUUGGACGCGGUUAUACGAUGUAUGAAUAUCCAGAACCAUAUCCUAAGAUUGAAGAAUGUAUUUCAAAAAUAUACGAACAACGAAAGAACGGAUUACAUGAAUACUGCGACGAUAAGCUUAAGAAUGGAGUACAAAGCUGCUCCGUUUGUUCCACGAAAACAACUAAACAUUGUGAAAAAUGCCGUACGUAUUAUUGUAGCAAAGCUUGUCAAUUGGAAGAUUGGCCACGACAUCAGGCUGAGUGUGAACGUAUUCCGGCAUUAGUGGAAGAACCGAUUGGUGGUAUGUCAUCAUUGAAAAUUAAUCAAGAUGUAAAUCAAACAAAGAAGACAUCAAUACCAAAUAUAAUUCAUAAAACUGCUAAAUCUAGUGAUGUGAAACUGCGACGGCCCAAUGCGAUUGAUGCAGUGCAAGUGGAAAACUCGAGUAAUAUGAAUACAGACAUGGGCCGAGAGCCGAGGAUACCAAUGAGAAUCGUGAGAGGGCUAGCGCUGGCAACCGCAUUCGCGGUCACAUUUUUUUGUCGGGGAUAACCACGUGGAGGGAAGAAUGAUUUUACGAGAGCACAAUCUCGCGUUGAAACGUAUAUAAAGAGUGAUUUAUGAUCGGUGGAAGCAGUCGGGACGCAGGAAGAAGAUGAGGAGACGCACCCUCAGUGGUUACUCGAUUCUCGACCCUUGAGCCACGACGCGUUAUUUAUGCGCAACACACACGGGGUGUCGUUUUUCAGUCGUGCACCUUUACGUACUUCCUACGUGCACGUUCGUGCCAGAGGAACCGCAAAACUGCAUACGAAUGUUUGACUUCUGUGGUUGAUCUGCGUGCCAUCACGCCAUGAAAAGUGCUGUCGAGACGAUAAGGAUAUGUCGACAGAGAUGUAUUGUAAUGCACAGAUAUUAGUUACCAACAUAAUCGUAUAUAUUGUUAUAUUUUAGUCAUUUUCAAAUUGAUAUACGCCGAAGAAAAAAUAUAGAAGUAGUAGACGCUCUGUAAUCUCGAUUUUUCGA